AUGGGUUGCGGAAUGAGCACGGAGGAGAAGGAGGGCAAGGCCCGGAACGAGGAGAUUGAAAAUCAGCUGAAGCGCGACCGCAUGCAACAGCGCAAUGAGAUCAAGGUGCUACUUCUGGGUGCUGGUGAAUCCGGAAAGUCGACGAUCCUGAAGCAGAUGAAGCUUAUCCAUGAGGGCGGAUAUUCGCGCGACGAGCGGGAAUCUUUCAAGGAGAUCAUUUUCAGCAACACGGUCCAGUCGAUGCGCGUCAUCCUCGAAGCGAUGGAGUCGCUCGAGCUCCCACUAACGGAUUCGAGGAUGGAGUACCAUGUACAAACCAUCUUCAUGCAACCCGCACAGAUCGAGGGCGAUGUGCUUCCCCCAGAGGUCGGCAAUGCGAUCGAGGCCCUUUGGAGGGAUUCUGGUGUCCAGAGCUGCUUCAAGCGGUCACGGGAGUACCAGCUGAACGACUCUGCGAGAUACUACUUCGACAAUAUCAUGCGUAUCGCCGCGCCCGAAUACAUGCCAAAUGACCAGGACGUUUUGCGAUCGCGUGUUAAGACGACCGGUAUUACCGAGACGACUUUCAUCAUUGGUGAGCUCACGUACCGGAUGUUCGACGUCGGUGGCCAGCGGUCAGAGCGGAAGAAGUGGAUUCACUGUUUCGAGAACGUUACCACAAUCCUGUUCCUUGUCGCCAUCUCCGAGUACGACCAACUUUUGUUCGAGGACGAGACCGUCAACCGGAUGCAGGAGGCGCUCACCCUGUUCGACUCGAUCUGCAACUCGAGGUGGUUCAUCAAGACAUCCAUCAUUCUCUUCCUCAACAAGAUCGACCGAUUCAAGGAGAAGCUGCCCGUCAGCCCGAUGAAGAACUAUUUCCCUGACUAUGAAGGUGGUGAUGAUUACGGCGCGGCGUGCGACUACAUCCUCAACCGCUUCGUCAGCCUCAACCAGCAUGAGAGCAAACAGAUUUACACGCACUUUACGUGUGCCACUGAUACUACACAAAUCCGCUUCGUGAUGGCGGCUGUGAAUGAUAUCAUCAUCCAGGAGAACCUGCGCCUCUGCGGUCUCAUCUGA